CCUCUCGGCGGGGCCGCGGCCAUCUGGGGCCCCUGCCAGUCGCGUCCGCUCUGGGGCCCGCGCCGAGCUCGCGCGGGAGGAGGCACCCCGGCGGGGACCCGGGCCUCCCACCAGGCGGUCCCCAGCCGGCGCCGGUGAGGGGAGCCAGGCGCUGAGAUGCCCCGAGGGGGCAGUGGCUGCGAGCUGAGCCCGGGUGGAAGCGCGUCGCAGCGGACGCGGGCGCCCCUCGCCACUUCGGUGACCCUUCAGGAGCCGGGACCGGAGCCCCGGAGGCGGCGGCGCGGGCCCGCGAGGGCGGCGAGGAGCCCUUAAAGGAGCCCCAGGGGCCCCAGACAGGAGUCCCCACCCCGGUCCAGCCCGCGCCGCCGAGCGAGCAGCCAGCCGUCCGUGCGGCCAGCCGCCCCGUGCAUGCGCCCCGCGCCCCGGGGCCCCGAGCACCGAGCGCCCCGCGCGGGCCGCCGCCGGCCCCGCGGCCCCGCGCCCCGCCGCCCCGGGGCCCCGCUCCGCAGCGCAGCGCAUGGAGCCCGGCGGGGACCACCGGAGCCGGAGCGGCGGCGGCAGGGGCGGCCCCGGGCCAGCAGCGGCCUCGGCACGGGGCCGACGGCUGCCGCCCGCCGGAUCGAGCGGCGGCGCGGAACCCGAGGAGGACGACGGCGGGCAAGAUCUUCAGCUGGAAGGGGGUGCCUUGGGGUCCUGGGGGAGUGCCCCCCUGCCCUCCUCCAGGGCCAGGGGCCCAGCACCUUCAGGCAGGAAAUACUCAGACCACUGUGAGGCCCGGGCCUCAAGGCCUGGAAAGAGCCGCAUUCCCGGCCGUGACCACCGGCGCUAUUACCACGACCACUGGCGGCUGGAGUACCUGAUGGACUUCAACCCUGCCCGCCACGGCAUGGUGUGCAUGGUGUGUGGGAGCUCGCUGGCCACGCUCAAGCUCAGCACCAUCAAACGGCACAUCCGCCAAAAGCACCCCUACUCCCUGCACUGGAGUCCCCGGGAGAAGGAAGUCAUCAGCAACAGCUGGGAUGCCCACUUGGGGCUUGGGGCCUGCGGAGAGUCCGAGGGCCUGGGGGCCCAGGGGGCUGAGGAGGAGGAGGAAGAGGAAGAGGAAGAGGAGGAGGAUGGGGCUGGCCUGCAAGCUUGCCCACCCAAGGGCCCAGGCAAAGCCCCAGCUGGUGAGGGCAGCCGAUGCCAGCGGCGAGGGGGCCCAGUGGCACCCCGGGCUCGGCGUCGGCACCUCUCAGCCUCCCGGAGGGCCGGGGGCAGCAGGGGGCUGGGGGCCCGGCGCCUGGAGCGGAGGCUGAAGGAGUCCCUGCAGAACUGGUUCCGGGCAGAGUGUCUCAUGGACUAUGACCCUCGGGGGAACCGGCUGGUGUGCAUGGCCUGUGGCCGGGCACUGCCCAGCCUGCACCUGGACGACAUCCGUGCCCACGUGCUGGAGGUGCACCCCAGCUCCUUGGGGCUCAGCGGCCCCCAGCGCAGCGCCCUGCUGCAAGCCUGGGGUGGCCAGCCCAAGACACUGCCUGAGCUCACUCGGUCCCCACCAGACGAUGACCUCGUCCCCCAGGACCUGACCAGAAAGAGCCGGGACCCCGCCCCCACUGCUGGAGCCCUGUCCUCUCAGGAUCUCAGUCCCCCAGACGUAAAAAAAGAAGAGGCUGGCUGGCUCCCUGAGAGGCCCGGGCCCGCAGAGGAGGAGGAGGAGGAGGAGGAGGGCGAGGAGGGCGAGGAGGGCGAGAGGGUGGGGGUUUCGGGCCGGUCGCCGCAGGGCCGUGACCGCCGCCGCCGCUACCAGGAGCGCUGGCGGCUGGAGUACCUCAUGGAGCUGGACGGCGGCCGGCGCGGCCUGGUGUGCAUGGUGUGCGGGGGCGCGCUGGCCUCGCUCAAGAUGAGCACCAUCAAGCGGCACAUCCGCCAGCGCCACCCGGGCUCCACGCGCCUCAGCGGGCCUGUCAAGGCCCUCAUCGCCCAGGAGUGGAGCGAGAAGGCCGCUCACCUGCUGGCCCUGGGGCUGCCCAGCCCCGAGUCCCCCGGGGACCCUGCCGCCCCCGGCACAGCCGCAGCCUCCGAGGAGGGGGGAGGGGAAGAGGAGGAGGAGCCAGAGGAGGAGGAGUGGUGGGGCGAUGUCCCGCUUUCCCCAGGGGAGCCGUCGGAACGGCCCGCCGAGGACGACGAGGACGACGAGGACGGCCAAGAGCCCGGGGGACUCGCCUUCCCGCCGCUGCCCCCGCCCCCGCCGCCGCCCCCGCCGCCGCCGCCGCCCCCGCCCCGCAGCCGGGAGCAGCGGCGGAACUACCAGCCGCGCUGGCGGGGCGAGUACCUGAUGGACUACGACGGCAGCCGGCGCGGCCUGGUGUGCAUGGUGUGCGGGGGCGCGCUGGCCACGCUCAAGGUCAGCACCAUCAAGCGGCACAUCCUGCAGGUGCACCCAUUCUCCAUGGACUUCACGCCCGAGGAGCGCCAGACCAUCCUGGAGGCCUACGAGGAGGCGGCGCUGCGCUGCUACGGCCACGAGGGCUUCGGGCCGCCGGCCCCUGCGCCGCGCGACGGCGGCGCGGACCUCAAAGCGGGCGCCGUCUGUCGGGCGUAGCGGGCUCGCGGGGCGGGCCGGGCGGCUCCGCCCUGGGCUCCGCCGGCCCUCGGGCCCGGACACCCUGCUUCCCGCGACCCUGGCCGCCGCCGCCGCUGUCCCCCGCCCCGCUGGCCGGGCCGGGCGGAGAUAGGAAUUGGGUGGGGUCGCCGGCUUCCGCUCGGAGCCCCGGAGCCCCCCGGGCUGGUCGGUGCGCUGCGGGGAGCGCUCGCUCCCCUCGGAUGCGGAGCCCUGGCCCUCCCCGCGCUGGGCCCCACGUUUCCCGAGAGGCCAUCGCGGCCUCCAAGCGUGUGUGCGCGGAGGGCCUCUAGCUCCCGCCCGCGCCGGGCCCGGGUGGGGGUUGCCGACAGUCAGUAUUAGGUCCCCAGGGCCGGGGGAGGGCAGGAGGGCCGCAGGCCGGGGCCCAGGUCCUUGAGGCACUGCACGCCGGCAGGCACGGCCCCCGGGUCGGGGGCGGCUGCUGCCGGGUCCUCAUUGGUAUUCGCGGCUGCUCGGAGGCCCGGACUGCGGACGAGGGCCUCCAGCGGAGGGCGGGGCGACGGGGCUCGGGAGCCCGCCCGGGCGGGGAGGACGCUUGGACCGCGGGCGGGCAGCCCGGAGGCGGGGGCGGAGCUGGGCGGGGGCCACCCGGCAGCUGCGCCAGCCUCCCAGGCGGGCUCUGGGGACAGCGCGCCCCGCGGCCCCUUCUGCCUCCCCCGCUCCUGCCGCGCCUUCCCGGACCCCGAUCUUGUAAAGGGAUUAGCACUUUUCUCCUUUGCUCCUCUCCUGCUCCCAAGACCUCCGUUUUCCCCCAGACCCAGUCAGGCACUCCUGCUCUAUCGUCCCCGUCGGUCCGAGCCCGGGGCACUGGAGGUCCCGGCAGUUGGCGUUCUCUUCCCGUCCCCUCCCUGUCCCCCUUCGUACACGUUGGACGGGCCACCCAUUCUCAGUCCCCCAGGGCCUGGGGCCGGGCCUCGGCCUUCUUUUCCCCGCGGCAGCGCCAGGCCCGGUGGGGCCGGGAAGGGGCCCCGCGAUCUCCCAGGCAGGUCCGAGUGGGAUGUGUAGAUUCAUUCUCCUGUGGAGAACAGGUGGCCCCGAGAUCAGGCCCUUUUUGCUCUUUGUAUUUUAUUUUGAAACUGUAUUUAAUGCUUUUAUAUGAAAGGGGGAGGGGCGGGGAGAGAGCUGUCCCAGUCACCCUUAUGUGCAAAUGUCUUAUUUAUUAUACGUGUAUCAGAGAUAAGCUGUGAGGUGGUGGAGGAAGGACCUAAAGGAGGAAGGAGUGAGGACAGAGGUGGGGAUGGGGGCCCCAAACAUCCCACACUAAUGUGUGACUCUCCAGGCCUCUCUGGGCCCGUAUGUCUGCUCUUCACAUGGCCAGGCCGGUUCCUUUGGUCUUACAGCCUGAGAGUGGGGAGGUGGGACUUGAGGGCGAGGCCUGGAAGCAGAGGAGCCCUGGCACCUGGGGCCAGGAGCUGCCUCUGUGGGCGGGAAAACACAGCAAGGAGGAAGCCCUUCCUCAUCCCAGCACCCCCAGGCCAGAGCCCACGGUUCAAGUGCCUCAGGCCCAGUCCCCUUGACUCUUCCUGAUUGGGAAUUGGAUUUUAUACCAUGGAUUUUAUAGCAUUUUUAUAUAACUCAAAAUUGUCAGAGUUGGAAUGACCUUGGAGAUCAACCAGACCCCGUCCCCUUGACCCCUUCCACAGACAGGUAGUGAAGUUCGGAAACUGAAAUGAUCACACACAGCCAGGUAGGAGCAGUAUAGAACUAGAAUAAAAAGCUCAACUCCCGACUCAGUGUUGUUUGCACUACACCACACUGCCUCCCAAUCUCUGGUCCAUUAUUAAGAUUUCUUUUUCUCGUGGGGCUUGCCGAAGGAUGGCACGCGGUGGGUGCUGCAGUCUGUUAGAGCGCAGUGACGCUCCAGGGGAUGGCAAAGACCUGCACGCCUCCCUGGGAUCAGUGUCGUCCAGGGCAGCUCUGGCCGCCACAGGCUUCAGCUCCAGGGUUCGGGCAGCAGCCUCCUCCCUCAGAAGUUCGGGAGCAGGGCUGACGGCCACCCAUCCCAUGGCCUCUCCAGGAGGCCAAGGGCUCUGGCAUUAUGUUUCCUGUUGUAGAUGCCACCAGGGACAGCAUUCCCUGAGAAGUGAAUUCCAUGUUUGAACCUCGAGGGGUUUUGAGUCAGUAUUAAGAGCUUGAGAACAGGGAUUAUGGAUGGCACCUGGCUGGGUACUGCCAUUCUUUUAUUUUCCUUCAUGCAUGUUAUUUUCGGAUCCAGAAUGAGUCUUAUCACUUUUUGCUACUUGCCUGUUCAAAAACAGGAGGCAGAUUGGGGUGACCUAUUCUGGUCACCCAAGCCCACUGCCAAAGUUCAGGUAAGCCAGGACAGAGAGCUGGUCAGGAAUGGCUUUUCCUUUUGACAGACAGGGACGGAGGCCUUGGGAAGACAGGAAUGAAUGUCUUGAGAGGCAGCCCCAAGCACUCCAGGGGGUUCUCAAAGUGUGGCCAUUGGACCAGUAGCAUCACAUUCGGAACCUCCUAGAAACACAAAUCCUUGGGCCCCAGCUCGAUGAAUCAGAAACUGGGGUGGCACCCAGCAAUCCUUUCUGAUAAGCCCUCCAACGAUCACAAAGCUGAAGAUCUGCGCAGGAGUGGGCUCAGUGCCACUGCAGUGAUUCCUGCUUUGACUGCCCCAACGGCCUCUUGGGUUGGGGGGGUCAGGUGGUCCUCCUCUCUCUGUGCCUCCUCCUUGCCUUGGGAGUCUGACAUCAACAGGUGAAGUUUCUUCAUGAAGUUUUUGUUAAUGGUAUGCUUGCUAUUAUGGCCAAUAUGUAAAUGUUACUCUGAAUCCAUAUUUAUAUGCCACGUUAGAGACAUUACUCGAACAUUUGUAUGUGUAUUUGUGAAGUUGUUUGCUUCAGUUAUUUUUAAAAAAUUUCAGCCUAAGUUUUCUAAGAGGUAUGUUGAAUAAAUUUUUUAAAAUCCAGCUUAAGGGUCAUGGCAGCCUUAGUUUUGGGGAAGAAUAAAUCUGAAGGGAUAAAGUUCUGAUGUAUGUGGUCUCCACUUUCCACGGUGAGUGACUCUGUGAUGUAUAGGCUGCUUCCCGCUGCAGGCAGGCGACCCUCCGAGGUUGGGGUGCGGCUGAACUGGGACAGCAGACCCUCUGGCCCCUUCCACUCAUCCUCUUUCUCCUGAGGUCACCUCUUAAGAGGGUCUCUGUGAUCUUUCAGAAAGCAAACGCACAGCUUUGCUCUCCUAUGGAAAUUCUGCAAUCUUGGGAAUCAUUACCAAUCUCAACUAUUAGUUGCUUUUUAAAGCCUCAAAAGUGGAGUGGGGAUGGGGGCCGGUGGAAGCCUGGUUCUUACUUUACCCAAACUGUAUGUAUAAAGAAUAAAGUUAGCAGAAU